AUGUCAAAUUUGGCGAAGCUCGAAAUCCCUACCCUUGAUGUGUCUGGUAAAAAUUACAUGUCAUGGGCAGUAGGUGCAAACAUGCAUCUAAGAGGAAACGGGCUUCUCGAUACCAUCGAUAAGUCGGAAACGACAUUAGAUGAGAAAAAGGCGAAAGCCAUUAUAUUUUUGCUCCACCACAUCGAUAAUAGUUUAAAAGAGGAAUACAUCACGGAAGAAGAUCCUGCAGAUCUUUGGCAAUCUCUCAAAGAUAGGUUUGAUCAUCAGAAAUAUGUGAUCUUACCGAAAACCAAACAUGAGUGGUUGAACCUCUGGUUCCAGGAUUACAAAAGUGUUGGUGAAUAUAAUUCUGCUAUGUUCGAAAUUACUUCCAGGAUGAUGUUAUGUGGACAGGAGGGAAGCAAGAAAGCAAAAAGAAACUGCUUGUUACAAAUGCGGCAUGAAAAAUCAUUGGACAAAGACCUGUCGUACGCCAAGACAUUUGCCGAUCUGUACCGAGCAUCACAAGAUGCCAAAGAAAAGGAUAAAGGAAAGAAUUUCGAAAUCAAUUUCAUCUCUGAUGAAGAUGGACCUUCCUUUGAUGGCAUAAGUGAUUAUACUCAUCUUGAUAUCGCUGAUUUUCUUGUUGAUCUUGAAGAAUCAACGGAAACAAAGCGAUUAAGAUCGAUGUAA